AUGGCAGUGCAUCAAGUGACUGGCCAACUCCCUCAGGCUGGAUAUGCCAUCAUCCUUGGCUUCGGCGCUCUAUUCGUUUCCAUCGUCCUCCUCAUCUCGCGCUGGGCAGCUAAGUAUCAUAAUGAGGUCCAGGGCUCCGAAAUGUGUACUAUGGCAAAACGCUCCAUUAAAUCCGGCCUCACGGCAGCAGCUGUUGUUUCGUCUUGGACCAUUGCGUCGACUCUUCUGUCAUCAACCACGUGGUCAUACAGCUUCGGAGUCGCGGAAGCCUACUUCUACGGUGCAGGAGCUCUCACUGUCAUCGCUGUCUUCGCUGUCUUCGUUAUGUCUGCGAUCGAGCUGAAGCGUCGAGCCCCUGCGGCACACACAUUCUUCGAAGUUAGUCGAAUCCGAUACGGUCGGGGCGGUCAUAUCGUUUUCAUGGCAUACUCAACACUCUAUUGUGUCAUCAACUGCGUAAACAUCCUGAUUGGUGGCUCCGCUGUCUUUAGUGCCAUGACUGGAAUGAAUCAGAUCGCUGCCAGAUAUCUUCCUCCUACCGCUGUCAUCAUCACGGACUACAUGAACACUAUAUUCAUCCACUGUAUCGUUCUGGCUGGCGUCUUCGUGGCUUACGCAAAGCCCGGCCCUGUUCUUGGAAGCCCUGAUAAGGUUUGGGAGCUUCUCAAGGAGGCUGCGACCCGAGCUCCAGUCCCAGGGAAUGCUGGAGGAGAGUACCUAACGAUGAGAUCAAACGAUGCCAUACUCCUUGGUAUCAUCCUCUGGUGCGCCAUUUUUGGCUGUACCAUUGAUGUCCAGCUAUUCCAGAAGUCCAUCACUGCCGAUCCUGCAGCAACCCUCCCAGGUUAUAUCAUUGGGGGCGUUGCCUGGUUUAGCAUUCCCUUCUGUCUAGCUACAACCUUUGGCCUCUCAGCUCGCGCCAUGGAGUUCACUGAACUUCUUCCUCGUGCUAUCACCCCUAAAGAAGUACCACAAGGCCUGGUAUUUCCGAUCGCAGUUGGCGCAAUGAUGGGCAACGCUGGUUUAGUCCUUGUUCUUAUCAUGGUCUUCAUGGCUUGUACCUUUGGAUUUAGUGUUGACACUGUAUCCAUCGCCUCGGUCUACAUCUAUGACAUCUACAAGGGCUACUUUAACAAAGACGCGUCUGUAAAACAGUUGGUUCGCAUGUCGCACUUUGCUGUCGCUAUAUGGAGUCUACUUAUGGCUGUUAUUGCUACAGGUAUCUCAAGAACCGCAAUUAGUGUCAACUAUAUCGUCACCUGCAUUGGAAUCUUCUGUGACUGUGCUGUGUUCCCUUUCUAUGCUACUCUUCUCUGGAAGAAGCAAAGCAAGCACGCCGCCCCGAUUCUGGGUUCAAUUACCUCUCUUACAUCAUGGCUGGGUUCUGCACAUGCCCUCCACGGCGAGGUAACAAUAUCUUCGACAAGCCAGGUCAUGCCUCCUUUGAUUGGAAACGUGGUGUCUGUGCUAUCAGGUAUCAUUUUCUCUGUCGCAGUUACCUAUGCUUUUGGUACUGACCAGUUUAAUUGGUCUCUUCUUCAGGCAGGCAUUCAUACUUCCAAUGACAUGGAUGUUCGAGGAAUAACUGCACGCCAAGUAGAGGAGCAGGCUCAGGCGGAAACUCUAAGUCCUGAGAUGAACGCGCUUCUCAAGAGGGGAACACACAAGGCCAUACUUGCCACGAUAAUAUUCUUCAUCAGCAUGAUGGUUCUAUGGCCGCUUCCUAUGUUUGGCACUUCCUAUGUAUUCUCCAGGGGCUUUUUUACAGGCUGGGUGGCAAUCACAUUCAUCUGGGCAUGGGGGGCUGCUCUUGUUAUUACCUUGUUGCCACGAUGGCAAUCGCGAUCAACACUUCUUCUUUCUGUACGGACCUGUUUUGGGUUUGAGAAAAUUACUGCCCAGGACGAUCUGAGCAUUGAUCAGGAGAUGACAGAGCACGAGGUUCUCUCUGCUGAUUCAGGCUCUCAACCAUGA